AGUUAUAGUUCAACGUUCGUGGUGCGUUCAGACGCUGACUUGGUCGCAGAUGACAAAGCCAUUGCUGAUCUUUCAGAUUGGCACCAACAAUUGGCAGCGGCAAGGCGAAUUCGCCCCGGGCAGCGGCAUUCUCCAUGCCUCCUUUCAUCAGACCAUGAACAGUAUGGACGGAGUGAAGUGCUUCUCGAUUUAUCCCAGCAAGGUGCAGACAGAUCCUCAGGAUGAUGAUACCUUUCGCAUUUUCAAGAUCAAGCACGACAUUCCGAUCUGCGAGUCGGUGAGCCCCAACAGUUCUUAUCGCUGGCAUUCCAUGGACGACCGCGAAUACCAAGGCUACUUGGACCGUUUGGAAUCGGAGAUUUGUGCAUUCAUGGAUGCCGUGGAGGCCAAGGAGGGCAAGGAGUUUGACUAUCUCAUCUCCCACCAUGCCUUCACCAAUGCCAUGACCGCGGCCCAAAUCGUCGAGCGGCGGCACAAGGAGGGCAAGACCAAGCUCAAGCAUUUCAAUUUUGUGCAUGGCACGGCCCUGAAGAUGUACAUCAAGGAGAAGGAAGGUGAUCCAGAAUAUCCCAUGCGCUUCCUGACCAAAGCUCAAGGCAGUGGCGUCUUCAAUGGAAUUGGGCAUACCCAGGGUGUUUGGGUGAAUUCCGAGGACUACAUUGGGAAGUUCUUGGAUUGCUUUCCCAGCUAUCCCAAGGGAAACUGUGUCUUCUCGCGCAUCGGCGUGAACCAAAAGAUUUUCUGCCCCAGAGGGACUCAAGUAGCCCAGGACCUGUCGAAGCACUUGCGUGAGGAGGACCGUUGGAAGGUGGGGAGCAUGAAGCGUCUCGUGACCUUCGUGGGGAAAUUCGCCGAUUGGAAGCGCUUGGACGCGGUGCUCUACGCCGCCAAGGAGUAUGAGGCGACGUUCCCGGACCUGGGCACGGCCAUCGUGGGCACCGGGCCGCCGGAGGCGAUCGAGAUGUACGAAGGGCUCUCGAAGUCCUUGGGACUUCAGAGAACCGUCUUCUUGGGACCCAAAAGUCAAGAUGUACUUGCAGAGCUCUUCUCCAUGUCAGAGGUGGGCAUGUUCCCAUCCUACAAGGAGCCUUUUGGAAUGGUCUUCAUCGAGUGCAUGGCCUGUGGCACUCCGACCAUCGGUGCCAACAGUGGAGGCCCCACGGAGUUCGUGAAGCCCGAGCAGGGAGUCCUCGUGGACGAGGAACCUGAUUGGCGAACAGAGGUUGGCAUGAAGAGGCUUGGUUCCAAGGUCGCCGCCCAAGUCACCAAGGCCUUGCAGAUGGAUUGGAAGAAGCGGAUGGGACGAGGUUGCGUCGAUUUUGUGACCACGAACUUCUCCACCUUGGCACAAGUUCGUGGGAUGUUGGCCAAUAUGGAGGAGUGGUCCAGUGGUGCCGACGUGGCGCAAUGCUUCCGCAGCUGUAGCAGCAGUGGCCAGAUCUCCAAGCGGCAGCUGAUGCUGGUGCUGCAGAAAAUCCUUCCAGGACGCCACUCAGCUGCUUUGGAACAAAUGGUGGAAAGCUCUGGCGCUUCGCGUGGUGAGGUGGUGGAUUAUGAGAAGUUCAUGGCUUUCCUGAUGCAGCCAUAGAUCGCUUAGAGGAAUAGUGUCCCGCAUGUAUUGCUGGGAUGAAAUCGAAUGUCCGGCACCUAUCGGAGAGCUUUUCGUUUCCGUUCGACGUUCAGCCCAUCAAUCGGCCUCCGGGGGAGACGUUUGGCCUACCGAGACGAUGAGGGCAGCUUUGCGUGA